AUCUGCGUCGCGUAGGUACCUACUUGAUUAAUUUGUGUUGAAUUUUCUUAAAAUUCAAGCGAUUUUCUACGAAAAACUGAUAAACAGAAAGUUAUUAAAUAUAAGUCCGCCAUGACGUCAACUACACGUGUGGCAGUUUCGCAAAUUUUGCGUUCUAAAGAUGAAACUGGUGACGAGGAAGAUGAGCCUAAAAAGAAGUCCAGAGAGGAUUGGCGAAAGGCUAAAGAGUUGGAGGAGGCGCGUAAAGCUGGUACAGCACCCGCUGCUGUGGACGAAACAGGCAAGGACAUCAACCCCCACAUCCCGCAGUACAUAUCCUCCGCACCGUGGUACUAUGGCACUACAGGCCCGACCCUCAAACAUCAACGGCCACAGGAAGACACGGAAGGACAGUUCACCAGACUUGACACAUACUACCACAAAGGGGUUGAUGUGAACAAAGUAGCAACAAAGUACAGGAAAGGUGCUUGCGAAAACUGCGGAGCCAUGACACACAAGAAGAAGGAUUGUUUGGACAGACCAAGAAAAAUCGGGGCAAGGUACACCAACGCGGGCAUAGCGCCGGACGAGUUCUCCCAGCCGAAUUUGAACCUGAGCUACGACGGCAAGCGCGACCGCUGGAACGGCUACGACCCCGAGCAACACAAAGCCAUCAUCGAGGAGUACCAGAAGGUGGAGGACGCCAAGCGAGAACUCCGAGCCAAGAAACUUGAACAAGACCCAACAAGUGUUGAAGAAGACGAUAACGAUGGCGAAGACGAGGAUAAAUAUGUGGAUGAAGUGGACAUGCCGGGUACUAAGGUGGACUCGAAGCAACGUAUCACAGUGCGCAACCUGCGUAUCAGAGAGGACACGGCCAAGUACCUGCGCAAUUUGGACCCUAACUCCGCGUACUACGAUCCUAAGACGCGCUCUAUGAGGGACAACCCACAUCCUGAGGCUGCUGAGUCGGAGUACGCGGGCGAGAACUUCGUCCGCUUCACGGGCGACACGCGCGGCCACGCGGCGGCGGCCGUGUUCGCGUGGGAGGCGCACGCGCGCGGCCUCGACGUGCACCUGCUGGCCGAGCCCACCAAGCUGCAGCAGCUGCAGCGCCAGUACCAGGAGAAGAAGGACCAGUUUAAGACACAGGUGAAACAAUCAGUCUUAGAGAAGUACGGCGGGGAGGAGCACCUCAAGGCGCCUCCUAAAGAGUUGCUGCUGGCUCAGACGGAGGUGUUCACACGGUAUAACAGAGACGGCACGCUCGUCUCCGGACCUGAGAAGCAACUGGCUAAGAGUAAAUACGAAGAAGACGUGUUGAUAAACAACCACACGACGGUGUGGGGCUCGUUUUGGAAGGACGGACAGUGGGGAUUCAAGUGUUGCCACUCAUUUAUCAAGAUGUCGUACUGUGUCGGAGAGGCUGGCAAAUCAGUUGUACUGGACAUUCCUGAGGAGGCCGCGCCCUCUACCAGCGCCAAGAAGGAAGAUACGCCAGAGAAGAAGGAAAAGGAAAGAGAGAAAGAGAAAGAGAAAUCAGUAAAGUCAUCAUCAUCGUCGUCAUCAAGCUCGGACAGCAGCUCGGAGUCGGAAGUGGACACGCGCACCAAGACGGAGAAGACUAGCAAGAAGAAGAAAAACAAGAAGAAGAAGAAGAAACACCUCAAGAAAGAGAAACGGGAGAAGGACAAAUUGAAGAAGGCGUUGGAGAAAGAAACUCGUGAACAGAAACGCGCCGAUCACCUCCUAUCGCUAGACGAGAGAAAACGCCCAUACAACAGCAUGUACGAGGUCAAAGAACCCUCGGCAGAGGAAAUAGAGGCUUACCAGAUGAAGAGACUGCGCGAAGAAGAUCCUAUGAGCCAGUUUCUAUAACCUUAGAAUAAUUGUAAAGUAACUUAUGUUUAGGUUUAAAUGUAUGGCAAAAUAAAUUAUGUUACGCUA